ACGGAUAAUCUUGACCCUGUUCCAAAAUUCCCUCCUUGUCUUGAGGCCCUGUCCAACACCCAAACUCACCCUUGACGACACAAAUCAGUCUUACUGGCUCGAUGUUUGUGUUUUCUGCUGAACGUCCUGAAUUGACCCCGCCUCCGAGUGGAACAGUUACGAGGAGCCAGGCGGGAAAGGUAACAUCGCGGAAAGCUGUUGCCCGUCAGCCUUCCAGGCAACCUCCGCUUGCAUCGGGUGUGGCCUCGGCCAUUCGCAAGACUUCAACAUCGACGAAACCAGUUCCCUUUACGUUCAGGACUAAUCUUCCUUCGAGAACUGAUAGGUCGACCCCCGGAACGACCCUAUCACCGAAAGCAGCCAAGUCAGCCAAGACCGAGGGACUCCAUGUGGCAAAGGACGGUAAUAUUGACACUUGUGUAGAACCCGCGGAAGCAAUCGACGAGCCCAUUUAUGACCUUGACACAGUGAAAGCUGCAAAAGUGGAGUUGAAGCAUCUCCAGAGUCUGACAGUAGACACGUCAGACCUCAGUAAGGACCACGAACUACAGACCGCGCCUCUCAUCACGAGAGAAGCGUAUAUCACUGCUAGAUACAAGAAACAUUCCACACAAUAUGGAGUGAUGGGUCAGGUGUUGUCAAUACAUUCGAAAUCAAGUGCCUACGUCCCUGUAGAUCCUAGACUCUAUGUCAACACGAAUACACCAUUCACUGCUGUAGUGUGUGGAGUACAAGGCUCGGGAAAAUCACAUACGGUUUCGGUCCUCCUCGAAAACAUGCUCAUUCCAAAACUCCAGGAAAUAGGCUCCCUGCAGCAGCCUCUAGCAGGACUCGUUCUCCACUUUGGGGAAGGUGGUAUCUGUUCCCUUCCGAGUGAGGCUGCAUGGGUAGGCGCCCCGUCAACGGAGGGUGUAAGGACGCCGAAAGUGCGAGUUUUCGUGUCAAAGUCUUCCCUCAAUACUAUGAAGGGUGUUUACGCUCCUCUCGGAAAGAACGUCGAAGUAAUUCCCUUACUAUUCAACGAGACAGAGUUGGAUGCACAAGCUUUUCUAUCCAUGAUGGCUGUUGGGUCGUCAGAUUCAGCGCCACUUUACAUCCAGAUUGUUCUCAGCAUUCUCCGAGAUUUGGGAGAGAGAUUCUCGUACAACCUAUUCAUGGAGCGACUUGACGAAGAGAAGAGAACGUUCAACCCCGCGCAAAUUGCUGGUCUUGAGCAGCGUCUGACUCUCCUGAACUCGUUCAUGGAGUCUAAUCGUCCACAGCCAGCCACUUUUGGUUCAAGGACAUACGCCAAUAUCAGUGGGCCUAGAUCAAAUGUUAUUGCUCGAAAAUCGACCUCGCGUCGUUUCGCUGCGGGACAAUUGACCAUUGUUGAUUUAUCGGAUCCAUUCAUUGACCCAGGCUCUGCGUGCGGUUUAUUCGAGAUCGUCACGAGGCUAUUUGUGAGGGCUGAGGUUGAGACUGGAAAGGUUCUUGUCGUCGAUGAGGCCCACAAGUACUUGUCCACAAACAGAGGUGUUUCAGGGCUAACCAAGGCCCUUUUGACCCUCACGAGAGAGCAGAGGCAUUUAGGGAUGCGUGUCAUCAUUUCUACCCAAGAGCCAACUGUUGUGCCACCCGUUCUGUUAGACUUGUGUACCGUCGCUAUCAUGCAUCGAUUUUCUUCUCCGGCGUGGUGGGACCACCUCGCACGGCACAUCUCUGCUGACGUAUCUGUCGAUGCAGCAUUUGACACGAUUGUUGAGCUCCAGACUGGCCAGGCGAUUGUUCUUGCGCCAUCAGGGCUUGGCGUGUUUCCCCAGGAUGCAGAAAUUCCUGGUCGAAGGAGAGCUGAAGGAGAUACCCCGACUGUCUUGAAGAUGAGCCAAUUUGGAAGACGUUACCUGAUCAUGAAGACACGCGCUCGCGUCACGAAAGACGGAGGCACAUCGGUUCUUGUUGUUCCUCGUCAAGAAGAGAGCGAGGAGUCUGAGAGCGAAGAGGAAGCAUCUAAUUACGAAUAGACACAAUGCUGAUUCCCAUAAAUACUUACUUGAUAUAUAACCUAGUUCAUAAAAGC